AUGGCUUCUUCUCGCAGGCAGACAGAUAGCCCGCGUGCUAAUAGCCCGUCUCUUCCACCACCGAAUCCCCUUUCUUAUCCUGUGCCCAAGUCUCGAAGAACAUCAAACUCAAGCUACCAUAGACCUACACGACUCCGUUAUUCUGCAAGCAACUCUAGCAUGUCCAAUAACAAUAAUAACAAUCCUAAUAGUACCCCACAAGGACCUUCUGCUGCUAGCCAUAUUCUUGGGCACUCUUAUAGCCAUUACGACGAUUCAGACGUUGAAAGUUUAUUCAUGGUUUCUGGAACUGGAACCGGAACUGGAGGUGCUCUUGCAUCUACGGGCAUCUUCAGUCAUAACAACAACAAUAACAACAACAACAACAACAAUAAUAAUAAUAAUAAUACCACAGCUGCUGCUUCUUCAGCGGAUACCAAUGUAAACACCCAUGUUCAAGGUGGAGCUUCAGGAACCCUUAAUGCACUUAAUAGCGAUAUCCCGUCUUCUACAAGCUACAAUAACUUUUCUCUGGGACCAUCUGCUCUCCCAGUUUUGGCACAAUCACAUGCUGCACGAGGAAAUUCAUAUACCGGCUACGAUGGUGUUGGAUCAUCGAUCCCAGUUGCUCCUUUGACUCCACGACUAAAUAAUUAUUCUAAUGCUGUCACUCAUACUGCCCCUAAGCGACCACCUUACAUUCGCCAGAUCUCUGGCUUUAGCGACACCUUCAACUCGCCUGCAUUCUUCCCCUCCUCUCCAGUUUUGGGUCCUAACACUCCAUCUUUUUCAUCUCUUGAUGACCAAGUCUCGGUGAACAAUCUAAACACCCAGCCUUUACUCCCAAAGCGUGGCAAGCUGAAACCCAAAAUGCAAUCAUAUUGGGCAUACUAUAUUCCAGCUCUCGAAUGGAUCCCCCGGUACAAGAAAAAAUAUCUUAUUGGCGAUAUUUCCGCCGGCCUUACAAUUGCCUCAUUCCAAAUCCCUGUGUCCAUGUCGUAUGCCACAUCACUUGCACACGUCCCUAUUGUAUGUGGUCUCUACGGCUUGGUGAUCCCCCCUUUGGUGUAUGGUCUCAUGGGUUCUACUCCCCACAUGGUGGUGGGCCCGGAAGCAGCCUUAUCACUGGUGGUUGGUCAAGCUGUUUCACCAUUUUUAGCUGCCGGUACCUCUCCAAAUGUUACCGCAGCCACCGUGUCGGGAAUCAUUUCUGGUUCCGCAGGUGCCGUUUUACUAUGUGCGGGUCUUCUUCGCUUUGGCUUUUUGGAAUCGGUUCUUUCACGUGCACUUCUCCGCGGCUUCAUCUCUGCUGUGGGUUUUGUUAUGGUCAUUGACCAACUGCCAUCCGAGCUUGGAAUAGGUUCUCUUUUAGAGUCUGAGAUUGGUAGCCACUCAACCACAUGGGAAAAACUUGUCUUCCUGGCAACCCACCUCCACAAGGCACAUGCCCUUACAACGCUUGUCGCCUUUUCGGCCAUGUUUAUUAUCAUUUCAUUCCGCCUUUUCAAGGCAAAAGUCUCUCACGUGUUUAAAAAAAUUAUUUUUGUCCCAGAAAUUUUAAUUGUCGUCAUUGUCUCAAUUAUUCUUACAAACAUUUUUGACUGGGAUAAGCAAGGCCUUGACGUUGUGGGCGACAUACAGCCUGGCGCCGUACACAUUCAUUUCCCCAUUACCCCAUCAACUUGGCCUGUUUUUAAAGAUACUUUUUCUGCGUCUUUUGUUUGCGCCGUGCUAGGCUUUUUUGAAUCAACCAUUGCGGCAAAAUCCCUUGGCGCCGCUACUAACCGUACCGUUUCCACCAACCGCGAGCUCGUGGCUUUAGGUGUCACAAACUUAGUAGGUUCUGUGUUUAACGCACUGCCAUCGUUUGGCGGUUAUGGGCGGUCAAAAAUCAAUAUGCUUUCCGGCGCACGCACCAAUCUUGCCAGUUUUGUUCUUGCAUUUGUCACCUUUUUAUCGAUAAUGUUUGCCAUGCCAUAUUUUUACUACCUGCCCAAGUGCAUCUUAUCAGCUGUUAUUUCGGUUAUUGGCCUGUCGCUUGUUGAAGAGGCACCAAAUGACAUUUUGUUUUACUGGCGUAUUGGUGGUUAUGAGGAUUUGUUUACCAUGUACUUGACACUGAUUUGCACCAUUUUUUGGUCUGUUGAAACGGGUAUUGCCCUUGGCGUGGGCUUCUCACUAGUCCGUGUUAUUCGCAAUGCCACACGUUCACGCAUCCAGAUUCUAGGCCGUAUUCCUGGAACCAACCAGUUUGAGAAUGCUGAUUCCUUACCACCAGAACGCAUGGAAGAAAUUGAAGGCUGCUUUAUUGUCAAAAUUCCUGAACCUUUAACUUUUGCUAAUACGGGUGAUUUGCGUAACAGACUGCGUCGACUUGAAGUAUAUGGGUCGAUGCGUGUUCACCCGUCCUUCCCGCGCAUUAGACAAGAGGAAAUGACUCGGUAUGUGAUUUUUGAUCUGCACGGUAUGACUGAGUGUGAUGCCUCGGCCAUGCAAAUUUUGCUGGAAAUUGUGUCGAGUUAUGUAGUAGAUCGGGACAUCCCAGUGCUUUUUGUUCGUGUGCCUAACAAAAAGAGCACGCGACGCAUGUUUGAAUUGUCUGGGAUUGACGAUUUGGUGACAAAACCGUCGCGCGAUGAAUAUUUUGAAAGCAUUGAAGAAGCGCUGCGGUUUAUUGACUACAAGUGUCACCAAGGCAGGUGCCAGCUUUGA